AUUACGUGCCCCUCCAUUGCCAAUUUGCAUUCAACAGUCCCAAAUCAACAAUAAAUACCUCACACUCUCACUCAUACCCUGCAUCUCCCUCCGAAUCAAAGCCAACACAACAAACAACAAGAUGAAGAAGCCACCGAUUUUCGAACCUCUUCAAAUUUUCCUUCUCCUACUAAUCUUCUAUGGCAGCAACACAAAAGCAGAGAAGCAAACAACCCACGACCAUGCAAACAAAAAGACCUACAUAAUCCACAUGGACAAGUCCACUAUGCCCUUAACCUUCACCGACCACCUUAGCUGGUUCGACUCCUCCCUCAAAUCAGCGUCCCCCUCCGCAGAGAUUCUAUACACCUACAAACACGUGGCCCACGGCUUCUCCACUAGGCUUACUCCAGAGGACGCAGACACACUUUCUAAACAACCCGGAAUCCUCUCCGUCAUCCCUGAACUCAAAUACAAACUCCACACCACAAGAACCCCCUCCUUCCUCGGACUCGACAAAGCCACAACCUUGUUACCCGCCUCGGAGCAGCAGAGCCAGGUCAUCAUCGGAGUCCUCGACACCGGCGUCUGGCCCGAGCUCAAAAGCCUUGACGACACGGGCCUCGGCCCGGUCCCUUCCACCUGGAAAGGCCAGUGCGAAAUUGGCAACAACAUGAACUCAUCGAACUGCAACAGAAAACUCGUCGGAGCGAGGUUUUUCUCGAAAGGCUACGAAGCCGCACUUGGACCCAUCGACACAACCACGGAGUCAAAGUCAGCGCGUGACGACGACGGGCACGGGAGUCACACGUUAACCACCGCGGCGGGCUCGGUCGUACCCGAGGCUAGCCUCUUCGGCUUGGCAUCGGGCACGGCACGUGGAAUGGCCACGCAAGCGCGCGUGGCGGUUUACAAAGUGUGCUGGCUAGGCGGAUGUUUUACCUCCGACAUAGCCGCGGGAAUCGACAAGGCCAUAGAAGACGGCGUGAAUGUUUUGUCCAUGUCCAUUGGGGGAAGCUUGAUGGAGUAUUAUAGAGAUAUCAUCGCGAUUGGUUCCUUCACCGCCACGUCACACGGGAUUCUGGUGUCCACAUCAGCAGGAAACGGUGGGCCCAGCCAAGGAAGUUUGUCCAACGUGGCACCGUGGAUAACUACAGUGGGAGCGGGAACUAUCGACCGUGAUUUUCCAGCAUACAUAACCCUCGGAACAGGGAAAACAUACACUGGAGCUUCUCUUUACAGAGGUAAACCCUUGUCGGAUUCGCCGCUUCCUCUUGUUUACGCUGGGAAUGCGAGUAACUCUUCUGUAGGGUAUCUUUGCUUGCAAGAUUCUCUGAUUCCUGAAAAGGUAUCUGGGAAAAUUGUUAUAUGCGAAAGAGGUGGGAAUCCGAGAGUGGAGAAGGGUUUGGUGGUUAAGCUCGCAGGGGGUGCUGGAAUGAUUUUGGCUAACAGUGAAGCCUACGGAGAAGAAUUAGUUGCUGACUCUCAUCUUCUCCCUGCUGCGUCUCUGGGACAAAAAUCAAGCGAGAUUUUGAGGAACUACGUUUCGUCAUCUCCUAAUCCAACGGCUAAGAUUGCUUUCUUAGGGACUCAUUUGCAGGUUCAACCUUCUCCAGUUGUAGCGGCUUUUAGCUCCAGAGGACCUAAUGCUCUUACCCCAAAGAUUCUCAAACCGGAUUUAAUAGCGCCAGGUGUCAACAUUUUAGCUGGCUGGACCGGCGCGGUUGGACCAACCGGUUUAACCGUUGACAGCCGCCACAUCAGCUUUAACAUAAUUUCUGGAACAUCCAUGUCAUGCCCUCACGUGAGUGGCUUAGCCGCGAUUCUCAAAGGCGCGCACCCUCAGUGGAGCCCUGCCGCCAUUAGGUCUGCCCUCAUGACAACAGCAUACACAAGUUACAAAAAUGGUGAAACGAUUCAAGAUGUUUCAACAGGACAACCUGCGACACCGUUUGAUUACGGAGCAGGACACGUGGACCCUGUGGCCGCUCUUGAUCCUGGUCUUGUAUAUGAUGCCAACGUGGACGAUUACUUAGGGUUUUUCUGCGCUUUAAACUACUCGUCGUUUCAGAUCAAACUUGCUGCGAGGAGGGACUUUACGUGUGACUCGAAGAAGGUUUACAGAGUGGAGGAUUUUAAUUAUCCUUCUUUUGCGGUUCCUUUGGAGACAACUUCGGGGAUUGGGGGAGGUUCGGAUGCUCCGAAGACAGUGAAGUACUCUAGGGUUUUAACUAACGUGGGAGCUCCGGGAACGUAUAAAGCUUCGGUGGUGUCGUUAGGGGAUUUGAAUGUGAAAAUUGUGGUGGAACCGGAGACGCUGAGUUUCACCGAGUUGUACGAGAAGAAGGGUUAUAUGGUGUCGUUUAGGUACACUUCGAUGCCGUCUGGGACGACCAGCUUCGCACGUUUGGAAUGGACAGAUGGAAAGCAUAGGGUUGGAAGUCCAAUUGCGUUCAGCUGGACAUGACGUGACAUUAUGGGCUAUGGAAAAUGUCUGGCCCAAAUUAAAAGGCCCACUUAAGUGUCGUCAGCUCUUCAUGGUUUGGCUUUGUUCUAACCCAAUAGAGCUUGCUGUUAUUAUGUAUCUCACUUAUAACAUUUGAUUUCUGCAUUCUCAUUAUUAUAUUUUGAAAAGUUGAUUCUAAAAUAUAAAUUUAUAUUUUAAAAUGAACUUUACGAAAUAUAUUAAAGGAUGCAACAUUUGAGAGUGCAGGAUUCAAUAGUCCUCACUUAUUCAGGAGAACACUUCGAUAUAUCGAUAUAUGGGGAAUAAUAAUUGUACAUAGAAAAAGGUAAUGGUGCAUCUGUAUGUAUGUAUGUAUGAUAAUGGCUUUCAAUAUGAAUGAUUCACAUAUCUUCCCAGCUUUGCAUC